AAAUUUGUUCAGGUUGUGUAUUGUAAACACGGGCAGAAAGAUUAUUGGUGAUGUAAUAUCGUCAUGUCGUCCAGCGUCCGUCUCUGGGCGCGUUGCACCGGCGCGUCUGGGCACAGACUUUUCGUCCACGUCGUCAACAACCAUCGCCUUGCCCGUUUGGCUCUACUGUGUAAGAAGUACCUACUGUCCAUGCACACAAGUUGUGUAGGUACACACUUUGCUUUAUCCCCCCAUCUGUCGCACUUGAAAACAAUCCUAUUAUCCAUCCCCAUUGCUUCAAGUCGCCUGGUCGAAUCCGCUGAAACGCAACAAAAACGACGAUCGACUUUGGAAUCAGCCGUUUUCGAGGCACCGAGACGCUACGAAGGAGUAGCACCGCCCAUCAGCAUGCCUCACAAUGCCGCCGAGCCGCCUCCCCAGCGCCAGUCUCACUCAGCAAUCCGUACCGUACCUAAUCUUUUUCUUUCAGGUUUGGCUCGUAUCGAGAAAAAACUCUUGUUGAUUAUCUGUGCCUUUUUAAAUCGCCACAGCCAUGAACACGCCUCUGGACGAAAAAAGAACACGAGUUUCCCCACACACCAUCGAAACACCAUUGCAUUUCGCCGCUGCUGGCCUGCCACUACUAGAGCUUCCAACUUCAAUCAGCAGGGCAUCACGCAUACCCAUCUGGCAGCAGUCACGAUAACAAUACUCCGUACCCACCGACCAGAAUUCAACUUUCAAGGUGGUACUUGAUUGCGGUACUUGGUCAAUCCCAUGUGCAGAUGCAAUAGGUGCAAGGUCGUCCGUCUCACGGUCUCACCCACCCUCCACCCCUUUUUUUGCAUGCCGAAAGAGAUAUUACGGCCCAGCCGCCAGUCAGAAGGUGGAGAUCAAUCCCCAUUCUUUGCCCCAGUCAAAAACGACAUUCCAUGCACUGCCACAGCGAUCA